AACUUUUCUUUGACUUUUGAAAUGCAGGAACCAACAUAAGUUAUAUGGCUCACGUCUGACAUCAUGCACCACCGGUGGCUGCUGUUAGUUGCAUGCUUUUGGGUAGUAUUCAUGUUCAUGGUUGCUACCAAGUUCAUCACAUUAACCUUCAAAGAUCCUGAUGUGUAUGGUUCCAAGCAAGAGCCAUUAAUACUGACAGCUAUAACUGAAAUAGACAAAGUCCGAGUGACGAAAGAGAAGAGGUUGUCUGGAGGAGAACUUCAGACAAUUGGAAAGUCCCUGCCUGAAGACCUUGUGCAUCAACCUCUGGUCCAUAUGGAAAGGCUUGAGCUUCUCAGGAAUGUGUGCCAAGAUGCCUCACUGAAAAACCUCACUCACACUACUGUUUCAAAAUUUGUUUUGGAUCGAAUAUUUGUAUGUGACAAGCACAAGAUCCUUUUUUGUCAAACUCCAAAAGUUGGCAAUACUCAGUGGAAGAAAGUGUUGAUCGUUUUAAAUGGAGCUUUUUCUUCCAUAGACGAGAUCCCAGAGAAUGUUGUGCAUGACCAUGAGAAGAAUGGUCUUCCACGCUUAUCUUCCUUUAGUGACUCUGAAAUUCAAAAAAGACUGAAAUUAUACUUCAAGUUCUUUAUUGUGAGAGACCCAUUUGAGAGGCUCAUUUCUGCCUUUAAAGAUAAGUUUGUCCACAACCCUCGAUUUGAACCAUGGUAUCGUCACGAAAUUGCUCCUGGCAUUAUUCGGAAAUACAGAAAGGACCGCACUGAAACGAAGGGGUUGCAGUUUGAGGACUUUGUGCGCUACUUGGGUGAUCCAAAUCAUCGGUGGCUAGAUUUACAAUUUGGAGACCACAUAAUUCAUUGGGUAACCUAUGUAGAACUUUGUGCCCCUUGUGAAAUAAUGUACAGUGUGAUUGGACAUCAUGAAACACUGGAAGAGGAUGCACCGUACAUUUUGAAGGAAGCAGGAAUAGACCACCUGGUAUCUUAUCCCACAAUUCCUCCUGGCAUAACAGUCUACAAUAAGACCAAGGUAGAGCGCUAUUUCUCAGGAAUAAGCAAGAGAGACGUACGACGCCUUUAUGCUCGAUUUGAAGGGGACUUUAAUCUUUUUGGCUAUCAAGAACCAGAUUUCUUACUAAACUGACACCUAGAAGCUGUGGAUAAAUGGAUCUGGUAGAUUAAACUGAAAUGUAAAAAUAGUCUUCUGCAUAAUAAAAGCUCCUGGUACUGUACUUUUUUUUCAGGAUUUGAAGAAAUGUCUCUUGUAUCUCUUGGAUAUCUGCCAUAGGAUGAACUAGGGACUGAAAAUUGUUAGCUACUGAAAAUAGUUUCAAUACUUGGCAUUGCAAUUCUUUGCAAGUAAAGCGUAUUAAGACAGUGUCAAACAUUCCUCUUUCCCUUAUCCUUACCAAUGGACCAAUAAUCUAUAAACGGACUUAAUUGUGAAUACAUUAUAAAGAACAUUUAGAAAGAGAAAGCUUUACAUUAGCUUUCUCUAAUGUAAAUUGUGUAUGGAUCAGAGUAUGAUAUUUCAAUAGAGAGCUUUGCCUUAGCUUUCUCUAAUGUAAAUUAUGUAUGAACCGGAGUAUGAUAUUUAGAAGUCAACAUGGGACCAAAAAUUGGCGAGUUUUUUAUAGAUCAGCAGAACAUUUCUAGAUUCUAAUGUAGACUGAAUUUAGACAUCCUUCUGUUGGUUCUUUUGUUACAGCCUUGUGACAGAUGUUUACUGCUGUUCAUUUAGGCCAUACAAUUGAAUAUUUCUAACUGAUAACCUCUGAAUUCCUAUGUGAUCAGAAGUCUUCUGCAAGUAAAGCUAUAGAUCCUAGCAAAAACUGAGGAGUAAUUACAAAUAUGGUGAGCACUUCUGUUAACUGAAGUGACUAGACACACCAAUAGGGUGCUGUGCAUUUCACCAUGGAUUGCUCAACCUCUCCAAUGUGCCAUUGGUUGCUUUAUUUUUCUAACAGUGAUGGCUAAUAUAAUGAUCAGACAAGCCAUGAAAUUAUAUGAAGGAGAGUUUCCCUAAUGUGUAAGAAGUGGAGAGACUGCAAGAAGCAGAUGCCUAUGGAUAUACGCUUAUAUAUCCUGUGCUCCAUUAUAUGCAUGGUGGAGGGCAUAAGUGACCCUAUGCCUCAUUGCAUGCACAAUACUCGGUAUAUGAAUGUGUGCAUUGACUAUUUCAGUGAGCAAAAUUUCCCAUCACUCUGGGAAGGAGAUGCCCAAAUGCCUCUUUUCACGAAAUGUAUAUUUCAGUUUUUCUUCCAUCCUUCCCACAACAUGCUUGUUGACUGUGUAAAAACACCAAUGAAUGAAUGGCACGAGUGUUAUGUUUGUGUGUAUACAUUUUUGAGGUUUUAAUAGCAAAAUAUAAAUUCCCAGAACAACAAUAAUCUUUUGCUUCUGUUGUCUUCGUCGGAUAACGGACAUCUUUUAAUUUUGUUCACCAGCAAUAAAAACCUCCUGUCGAUCAGCUUUGCUCCAGUAUGCUGCCAGGAGGAAGGAGUUAUUGGCAUUUUAACUGUCAAUGGGUCAGAAGUUGGGUUUGAAAAAUACUUUUGACAAAAAUAUUGUGGGAUCUUAACUAUAGUUCUGUCUUCACCUUCUUGGUAAGGUGAUAAAAAUUAGAAGAGUUGCAUUUCUUGAAUCUGGGCACAGGUAUAAUUCUCAAGGAUGUAUUUUAUAUUUGUAAACUUGAAAAAAGAAAACCAGUGCCAAAAACCUGCUGCUUCCUACAGAAAAGAAAGCUUGUAUGAGCCAGAUGAAGAGCCAUUCUACACAUUACACAGAGGAGGUAGAACUCAGCAUGGAUUGCCAUUUUACCAUAUGGUGUGAUCUGCCAAAAUGUAGCACGUUGCAAAGAGAACUUCUGUUUCAGCUCUUCCUGGUGAUAGAUAAGAAGGCUUUUAAGUGGGAGAACGUUAACAAUAACCUCCUACCAAUUUGUGCUCUGAAAUUAUACAGUUCCUGUUUCUACCUCUGUAUCAAGUGUAACAUGUAGUAUGGCUUUAAUUUAUGUAAGGCAGAAGGAUGUCUCACAUGACAGUUUCCUUGACAUGUAGGAAAACCACAUAUAAAUUGUCUUGUGUAUAGGAUACAUGUCUAUAUUGUCACAUACCACUGCACUUUCAGUUUUCCUACACAAAAGUAAUACCUGUGUUAAGGAAUUCAUUACAUGUGACGUUACUCUUUGUUACUGUGGUUAACUUAAAAAGACGCCCAAGGUGGCAAGCUUGAAAUGCGCUUGUCAUUCUUUUGGAAGGAAGGAUGCAUUUACAAUAUCUGCGGUACAUUAGGUCUUAAUGACAUUUCAUGUAACAGCUCAGUUAUUUUUAUAUGACGUGUUAGAAAAGUAUAUUGUUUAAUGCAUUUCAGGACUAAUGAGCUGAUUGUUACCUCUUGGCUGAAGUAAAAUGUAACAAUAUGAAAAUGUAUGGCAAGUUAAGGCCUUAAAAGCUAAUUCUAAUAGUAAUAAAAUGAAGUAUAUUGCCCCUU